AUGGUUGGAGGUGAUUUGUCAAUGUUUCAAUACCUUUUCAUCCAGGGAUAUUAUUGGACAUUGGAAGGAUUAUUGAUGGCCAUUGCAUUCAACCAUAUAGAUAUUGUAGAAUUCAUCUUUGAAAAGUCUGGAGAGGUCACACAGGAUAUUCAAAAAGAUUUGAUCACCAGACCACCCUUUCUCAAUCAAAAUCGUUUAAAACGAUGGAAAUUUAAAAAACAAAUCAUAGAAGAGUUUAAAGAAAAGGAUAUUAACAUUCCUUUUAAAGAAUUGGAGGAAAACAUUGAUCACUUUUUCGAGUAUGCUUCAGAGGAUUCAGUGUUAAUGGUGAUAGAGUGGAAUCAAGUUGGACUACAUUUAAGGGUAUUGACCAAAUCUGCCAGUCAAUUAAAGUCAAUGGCAAACAAAUUCAUCCUUGCUAAUAGAGGAUUUGAUUAUUCAGGGACCAAACACUCAUUUUUAUUUGCCAAGUGGGCUACAAUGAGAAUGGAAUGCAUCAAUCGUUUGUCAGCCAACACCAAUUAUGAAUGGAUGAAACAUAUCCAAGGUGUACAAGAUGUAUGUAGAAUAUUUGUGAUUACCAAAUCCAAAUUUAGAUCCACUGUCACUCCCGAAGUCGCACAACUUUAUCUUACCGUUUUUAAUGCAAGUUAUAAACAAUAA